UCUUUGUUAGGGUUGGUUUGGCUGAAAUAUGAAAGCGAAAGAUCAUGAAACCGGAUAAGUCCUCUUCCUUUUUCUGAGGUUGCUUUUAGAGCGGAAAGGCCCAGUCCUCGGUCCACCCAAAAGACCUGAGGAGCUGGGCAGUUAAGAGGCAGAAGCUCCCGGGCCCUGGGGUACGAGCGCCCACGGCGCCCUGGGUAGAAGGCCAUGGAUAAGUUUCGGGCCGUGCUGGACCUGCACCUCAAGUACCACAGCGCGCUGGGCUACGGCCUGGUGACCCUGCUGACCGCGGGCGGGGAGCGCCUCUUCUCCACCACGGUGUUCCAGUGCCCCUGCAGCGGCACCUGGAACGCAGCCUACGGCCUGGUCUUCCUGCUGGUGCCGGCGCUGGCGCUCUUCCUCCUGGGAUACGUGCUGAGCGCGCGCACGUGGCGCUUGCUGACCGGCUGCUGCGCGCGGGGCGCGCGCAUGGGCUGCGGCUCGGGAUUGCGCGGGGCUCUAGUGUGCGCGCAGCUCAGCGCGACCGCCGCGGUCGCGCCCCUUACCUGGGUGGCGGUGGCGCUGCUUGGGGGCUCCUUCUACGAGUGCGCCGCCAGCGGGAGCGCCUUCCUGGCGAGGUGUCUGUGCGCUGGCCGCAACCCCGACUGCGAGGUCCAGCUGCCACUGGUGCCCUGCCACCAGGCCAAGGAGUCCAACGUGCAGGACCUCCUGAAGGAGCUCAAGGCCCAGUCACAGGUGCUGGGCUGGAUCCUGAUCGCAGCUGUUACCAUCUUGCUUCUGAUUUUUACAUCUGUUACCCGGUGCCUAUCUCCAAUUAGUUUCAUGCAGCUGAAAUUUUGGAAAAUCUAUUUGGAACAGGAGCAGCAGAUCCUUAAAAGUCAAGCCACAGAGCAUGCAAUGCAAUUGGCAAAAGAGAACAUUAAGUGUUUCUUUGAGCGCUCACAUCCAAAGGAGUACAACACACCAAGUAUUAAAGACUGGCAGCAAAUUUCAUCAGUAUAUACUUUCAAUCCAAAGGACCAGUAUUACAGUCUGUUGCACAAAUAUGUUAACAGAAAAGAAAAGAGUCAAAGUAUCAGGUCUUCUGAAGGAGACGUAGUGGUUCCUGUCCUUGGCUUUGUAGAUUCACCUGGUAUAAACACCAGUGCUGAGUUAUGACCUUAUUUAAGAAUAGGAAAAAAGUUCUGCUUCACUUUCAAAAAACAAACAUUGGUAUUGUUUAUCACUGCCCCUCCCCCCCCCCUUUUUUUGGUCUUUCAAAUUGUGGAAAUAGAAUUUUAAAUUUACCUCUCUGUUGCAUUCCUAAAAAAAGGACACAUGGUUAAAUGAUUCAUUCAAGGUGACAAACUGUAACUAGAUCAGAAGUUUUAUAUUCCUAGUCUAGGAUCCUUUUCAACUAAAUAGAAAUGCUGCUUUCAAAUAAAAGACUUUAGUAGCAGAAAGAGUGAAGGGACAACUGAACUUCAGACCUUUCUAUUAGGUUAUAUGAUGUCAAUUUCAAAUUCACUUUCUUACAGAUGACACCUUGUUUGGAACUUUAAAAUACUGGCAUUUUAUGGCUUUCAAACAAAAAUACAAAAAAAUCAGAAAAGAAAAUAAAUUUUUUAAAAUAAAAAAGUUGAAAAACUA